AUGGAUUUCCUUCAAUACUUCUUCCGCUUUUACUGGCCAAUGUUCUCCCUAACCUGCCUAUGCCUAUUCAUCACCUUGUACAUUCUAAUCUACAAGUUCACCACAAGUAUUUUGAAAACUAUGAGAUUUUUUCUUUACGCGUCGAAUACAGCGACUCUGAUUUCGGUUGUUUUGGCGUUUGCCACACAGACCAGGAAUAUCGAUAAUGAGCAUUCAAUGGGUCUGCUUUGUGAUGGAUUUUAUAAAUAUAUUGGGCCGACGUUUUGUGCGACUUGCUAUAGUCUUUGGAGUACUUGUGGAAUAACCAUGGGUUUGAUCAAUCUCCACACGCUCUACUACCGCACCAUAUGCCUUAAAUCCUUCGACCCGAAGAUGAUCAAACGGAGGAACCUCCUAUUUUUCUGGCAUUACCUAGUUCCCCUGGUGUAUUUGGCCAUAAAGUUCAUCCCUUCCCCGGACCAUCUGGCAGUUCACAAUGAAACUCGGACCCUUCACCCGGAUCUAGAUUAUACUCCCUAUCUGAAUUUCGGAGGGUACAGUCAGGCUCAAAAAGUCUUCCUUGACAGGUCGGCGAUUGUUACACUUAUUGCUAUGUCGUACUUCCCAAUAAUUGGUAGUUACUGGAAGUAUCAGGCGAUGAAGCUUCUGACGCCUCACAUGUCUCCGAAUACAUCGGAGACUACUAGGGACAUGUUUCGGAAGUUGAUUCGGGGAUUGAACUUUCAAAUUUACCUUCCAUUGCUCACAUAUGUGCCAAUGGUUUUCUUGUUUCUAGCGAUUCAAAUUUCUGGCCGUCAAUUCCUUAUCACCCUAAAUGGCACAGGUUCCUGCCUUUUUGACCCUAUUGUUCAAAUCUACUUCAUCACGCCCUACCGAGAAGCCGUCGUGAGGUUUUUGGAAUGCAGGCCGGUGCGAUUUCGGUCCAACGUUGUAAGUUGGGCUUCUCGUGUGAUUUUUUAA